AUGCAAGACGCCGAAGCUCCUCGCCGAGAAAAGGAUACACGGUGUCGUCACAGGUCAAUUACUCUUGGCUUCCUCGAGCAGCAGGCCACCGUCGUACCACAUGAUACCCACUCUUCUACGCUUGACAAUGCAGAAAUACCUGGCCAGACUCAAGUGUUGCGGUUGAACAGACCAAGCCAGUAUCUGAGGCCGACAAGCCAUAUUUCCCUCAAUUCCGAUAUGCCCUUGCGCAGACCCCAGGACUUUGAAGAUGUCCUGCGAGGCAUUGAUCGGCAGCUGGAGUUGCCCAUUUCACCAACCUCGAUAGACCUGACAGGAGCCAAUGGCAAACCUGUAGCAAUCCAAGUCGCAAUGAACGCCUUCGAGAGGGGAGAAUGUAGUACGGAGUAUCUAGAUCGGAGAUUGUUGCCUGCAGGCUUGCGAACUCUUGCUCCUAAAACCUGUUCACAGGCAAGCUACAUGAACCGCAUUCCUGAAAAAUUACAGACAUCACACGAAGAGGGUGCUGAACUCAUCAAGACGGAUCAUGACUGGAUCCACAAUAGUGAAAUUGCGAAAGACACCCUUCUUCGCACCAGCUUUGACUCAUGGCGUUCAGGGCAGACGCAAUCGUUUUUCGAAGAUGCCAUAAAGUCACUUGAGGAAGCCUCAAAUCACAUAAGCGAAAGCAAAAGAAGCUCUUCGUAUUCAGUGACCGGCAUCAAUGAGGAUUUGCAACAUGGAGGAGAUGAUCGUGCAAACCUCACGAACAGCUUUCACCGGCCUAAGCGAAGCGUCUCGAUGAUUGCAGUGGCCAAUCCGCUUCUCAGAGCAGCCUCGUCUAGACCGGCUCCACCUUUCCGCCAUUCACUAUCACAAGGAACGUAUUUACGUUCGAAAUUCACUUUCACUAAGACUGGGAGACCUCGACUGCCUCCAGAAUGGGUCGAACAGCAACGAUCUCGACUGCCCGACAUAAAUACCAAGGAUCAUCCGGCCUUCAGGGCCCGAGCGAUAUCGCAAGCACGAGAUUCCCUGACUCUCACUCGAUCGGAACACUACGAGAAUACUUGCAGACACCUCUCAAAUCGUGAUUCAUGCACCUGCACAAUCCCCACCUCACCUACCACAGCUCGGCAGAGCAAUUGUUCAACCAUUGACACUCCUCUCACUCCUUUCACUUCGCCAGCUAGCUCACUAACCAAACAUCGUCAUUCAACCAUCGGAUCAACAAGCAAAGUUAAAUUUGAUGACUCAGCCUUCAGUCAAAUCAUGACAGAUCGUUUGAAAGACGGUCAGCUACAAUCGCUCCGUCGCAAAGCGGAGGGCACUGCGAGAGAGGAAACGGUUUUUGCUUAUUGGGAUACGUCUCCGCCGCCACAGCGACAGCGCGACCAUAGUCCACAAGCUAGCUACAAUUCCUCUCGAUUGUCGGAUGCAAGCUCUACAUGCCUAUUAGGUCACACUCAAAGUCUUACCGAGGAUUUUGAUUCAGACGCGAGGGCAGCUACCCACCGACUUCGACGAACCGUGUUAGAAGCUGAGAUGGAAGGCCCGUACGCAAAUCCAUUUGAGGAUCCAAGACAUACAGAUAGCUCUCUCUCAAUUGCUGAGCCCGAAAAGCUUACAAGCAAAGAAAAGUCCAGCUCACAAUCUCUUCAUAGCGAGUCUAAGCCAGACGAUCUAGCCGAGCAACAUGAAAGACAAGCGUCGCCAGUGUCUCGGCAGCGUCCUUUAUCUACUCUGAGCAGCUAUUUGAACCAUCGUGGAAGGGCGCCAAAGGAGGGUCUGACUGGCGGAAAGGUAAACAGAGAGGCCUGCUACGCUCGAAUGCAGGCGCUCCUGUGUGCGAAGCCACUGGAUACACCGCCAGGCACGAAUCUUGCCUUUGAAGACACUCAAUCGCCUGUCAACGAAUAUUCGGAUGCUGAGGAGAACACUCAUCGGGCCGUUAGUGCUAUGGAAAACCCAAGAGAUCAAUGGUCGCACGAAGAAAGUAAGAGAAGGUGGAGCGGGAUGGGUGGAAGCGUACGAAAAAAUUUGAGGCGUACGGUGAGAUAA